GGACAUAUCAAGCGUCCCCAAAACUCCUUCAUACUCUACCGCAAGGCCAACCAGGACGAGUUCGAGGGUUCUGGCCUCGCCCAGAGUGCGAUCUCAAAGAUCCUUGGGGCGAGAUGGCGGCUGGAACCCGGGGAGGUGAAGGAGGUGUGGAACGCCAAGGCCGAUAUGGAGGCUCUCCAGCACAAACGCUUGCAUCCUGAUUACAAGUAUCAGCCC